AUUGAACUUGACUGUGUGAUGAUCGUAAUCGGGUAUUUUCAAUAAGCAUGAGUUCAGAAUUACAAAUUAUUUUAAUAGCGUGCGUAGUCAUUUGGAUAUUAAAAUCAGAAAAUCAUCAGAAAAAACAGGAGGAGCCAGUGAGUGAGGUUCCCAAUAUGCCGAAGGUAAAAUCUAGGGAAGAUUUUAUCAAAGAAAUGGAAGAAAGCUGGUCAGCAUAUUUUGUGUAUAAAAUAAAGCCCACACUUGAACAAACAAUGAACAUACAAGGUUUACACCAGCAGAUUAUGGAGCAAGAGGAAAUGAUAAUAGCACAUCAGAAACUAUUAGGAGCGAUGCAAACCAAUUUAAGUGUCUGUGAAAUAAACAACAAGGCUAAAGAAAUGAUAAUUGAUCAACUACUAUCUAGAGUUUUGCUAAGCGAUGCAAAUAAACUGGUAAAAUCCUUUAAGUCAAAUUGUAUUGGUAAAUUGACCGAAAUUUACGAGAUAGAAGUGCCUGGCAUCGACCCAUUUCUGGUGCCCUGUGACUCCACUUUGGCUGGUUCCGGUUGGACAGUCAUACAGAGGCGUCAGGAUGGAAGCGUUAAUUUUAACCGAAACUGGGCAGAAUAUCGUCAGGGAUUUGGUAGUCUGGAUGGAGAAUUUUUUAUCGGUCUUGAGAAACUGCAUUUAAUGACCAAGUCACAGAAACACGAGUUAUAUAUACAUCUUGAGGAUUUUGAAAAUCAACAUCGUUAUGCCCGAUACAGUGAGCUUCUGAUAGCUGACGAGGCUGCAUCGUAUAUGUUAAGGAUUCUUGGAGAAUAUUCUGGCAAUGCUGGCGAUUGGUUGACCAAACACAACAACACCAUGUUCUCAACUGCAGACAUGGAUAAUGAGUGCGCCAUGCGCUACGAAUCUGGCUGGUGGUAUCAUAAUUGUUCUCAUUGUAAUCUAAAUGGAUUAUAUACUACGAAUGAAGAUCAACCUGGUAUAAAAUGGAAUUCAAUUUCAGUUAAAUUUGUUCAAAUGAUGAUUCGACCGAUAGAAAAUUAAAUGAGAUCUAAAAUUUGGCAAAAUUGUUCAAAAAUCAU